UUUUCCCGCGUGACGCAGCGCCGGGCGGUGAUUGGCUGCGUUGCCGCCCCGGGCGGGCGCGGCCGCGGCGGUGACCGGGAAAUGGGGACAUGGCGCCGGGCAGCGCGCAGGGAGCGCCGGCCGCCGGCAGGAGCGGGCCCGGGAUGGCGGGCGGAGGCCCGGCGGCGCACAGCGUGUGCAUGGUGUCGGACUUCUUCUACCCCAACAUGGGGGGCGUGGAGAGCCACGUGUACCAGCUGUCACAGUGCCUCAUCGAGCGCGGCCACAAGGUCCUGGUGGUCACCCACGCCUACGGUCACCGCAAGGGCGUCCGCUACCUCACCAGCGGGCUGAAAGUCUACUACCUGCCCCUGAAGGUGAUGUACAACCAGUCCACGGCCACGACGCUCUUCCACAGCCUGCCUUUGCUCAGGUACAUCUUCGUGCGGGAGCGGGUGACCAUCGUGCACGCCCAUAGCUCCUUCUCCGCCAUGGCCCACGACGCCCUGUUCCACGCCAAGACCAUGGGGCUGCGGACGGUGUUCACUGACCACUCCCUCUUUGGGUUCGCGGAUGUCAGCUCGGUGCUGACCAACAAGCUGCUGACCGUGUCCUUGUGCGACACCAACCACAUCAUCUGCGUCUCCUACACGAGUAAGGAGAACACGGUGUUGCGAGCAGCCUUGGACCCUCGGAUAGUCUCUGUCAUCCCCAACGCUGUCGAUCCCACCGACUUCACUCCAGACCCGUCGAGGAGGGAUGACAGUACAAUAACAAUUGUUGUUGUCAGCAGACUUGUUUACAGAAAAGGUAUUGAUUUGCUUAGUGGUAUAAUUCCUGAGCUCUGUCAGAAAUACCCAGAGUUACAUUUCUUAGUUGGAGGAGAAGGACCAAAACGAAUCAUACUGGAAGAAGUCCGGGAAAGAUACCAGCUACAUGACAGGGUGCGUCUUCUUGGAGGCUUGGAGCACCAGGAUGUUAGAAAUGUCCUGGUCCAGGGGCACAUUUUUCUCAACACUUCCCUCACUGAGGCCUUUUGUAUGGCUAUUGUGGAAGCAGCAAGCUGUGGUUUACAGGUGGUGAGUACAAGAGUAGGUGGGAUUCCGGAGGUACUUCCAGAAAAUCUCAUCACUUUGUGUGAGCCCUCUGUGAAAUCUUUGUGUGAUGGACUAGAAAAAGCUAUUGCCCAGCUCAGAUCAGGAACUCUUCCACCUCCAGAAACUGUUCAUAAUGAAGUAAAGACAUUUUAUACAUGGAGGAAUGUAGCAGAGAGAACUGAGAAAGUGUAUGACAGAGUUGCAGAUGAAGUGGUUUUACCAAUGAAUGAGCGACUUGACAGACUGAUGACUCACUGUGGCCCAGUGACUGGGUGUAUUUUUGCUUUUUUAGCUGUUCUGAACUUCAUUCUCUUGGCAUUUUUGAGGUGGAUGACUCCAGAUUCCAUUAUUGAUGUUGCAAUAGAUGCUACAGGACCUAAGGGUGCAUGGACUAAACAAUAUUUUUUUGGGAAAAAAAGAAGAGUUAAAGAAGAACUCCCAAACUCCUAAAUUACUCAAGUGGAGAGGGAAGAAUGCAUCAGUCACUAAAGGUUUUAAUGCUUGCUGACAGAGACAUUAUUCUUAAAAUUCCUUAAUUUCUUUCUGAAGUUCUUGGAAAGAAACUUAGUUCAAUGUGCUACCUCAAUUUAGGAUGAUGUUUUAAGUUCAGUUUUGGAUUCAUGCAAAUUUAUAGGCAUCUCUUUUGCACUUAAAUCUGGGAGGAGAACAUGGGUUUUUGUAUGUGUCAGAAGCCUUGGAAACAGGAAUACAAGAUUUUUCUUGAAAACUUGAGCAUUGCAGAAAGGGACUUACGGUGUUUGGGAAAGCAAAACACAAAAAUGAUUAGCUUACUGUAGUUCCUGCUAAUCCCCGAUAUUUACUGUGAUUUUUAUUUUAAGACUUCUUUCAAAAGAAUUAAAAACCCAACAGAAUAUACUUUUUUUCUCCUAAGAUGAAAAUGGCACUUGAAAUAAGUCAUUUAGUCCAUUACCAUGUCAAUUUCAGAGACUUAGUUCUAGCAAUUGUGUCCCAGCGACAGUGUUUUGCUUCCAUAGCAUUAUUAUUUUGAAGUUCUUCCCUAGUUAGAGUGGCUCAUCCUGUUGCUAAAUCAAAAUUCCAUAAUAGUUUUCUGAUGUUUUCAGAGGUGCUAAAUUUGUCCUGUUCACUUAGGUGUGUGAAAGUGAUGUAAAGCUUGUAGUGGUUUUUGUUUUUCAUUACAUAGGUGAAGAAGUAGUAGUAUUUAGAGAUAAUACAGCCUUCAGAAACAUCUCAGGCCUGAAAACUUCCAGCAGACUGUGCCAAAGUGUGAAAUAACACGUGUGUGUGAGAGAGCAAAAUCUGUGAAGGGCUUAACAAGCACACUUGUGCUUACUUGCUCUCUCCCACCUCCCACCCACCCAUCCCUUUUCCCCCCCCGCUUCUCUUUCUCCUUCCCCUUACUUAUGACCAAAGUGGCAUUUCAGUCCAUCUCUGGGAGGGACAGUGUUCAGGGUGAAUGAUUUCACCUCAUCCACAUCAGAGACACUGUCUGGCAGGUUCUGCAAGUGAGAUCUUGGGAAGGUAUCCCUUAAGUGGAAAUAACCAAUGGCUGUGCUUUUCAUGGAGAGACAGAAAGAAGGGGCAUCUGUGAGGAGUCCUGAGCGAUGUGUACAUGGGGCAAGGGGCAGCAGAGCAUUGUGCCAGUGUGUGUGAGAGGAGGCAUUUCUUCCAUUUGUGUCAACCACCUCUAAUAUUGCCCCUUGUCUGAUGCACUGGGUUAAUUUUUCAAGCAUCACUAAUGAUGAUAAGCUUACUAUUUUAUGACUGAAGUAUUGUGUGCUGUCGGACACUGUAUUAGUAUUAAAACUGUGCAAUAUGAAAAUACGGUUUCCAAACCUUUGAAAGGUAGUAUUUAACACACUACUUCUGCCAAAUUCACCUUGUUUGGGUAGAGAUGUAAUUACACAAGCAUUUUAUAAUUUCAUUGAACAUAUUUUCAUGAAAGACAGAAAGAUAAUGUAAAUAAUUGCCACAUAUAAAGUCUAUUUUCUUUUACUAGAAUUUUUAGCCUUUGAUAUGUAACAUAGAGCGUGUAAUAUUACAAUUUGAGUUUUUCAAACUCUGCAUUAAAAGUGGAGGUCAUCUAAAACAGUGCCACAAGCGUUAAGGAUAAGUGGGUGGAAUUAAGCUAAUACUUUACUUUUCUAAGUUAUUUUUUUUUAAUUCAAGCAUUCAAAUUUCUAACAACUUUUUGAAAAUACUGAUUGACACUCCAGGGAAAUGUUAUAUAUAUAUAUGUAUAUAUAUGUGUAUUUUUAAUAGUAUGUUGUUUGUUGUCUUUUAUUUCUGUUAGGUUUCCUGCAACAUCUGCAAACACAAAUGUAAAGGAUUUGUGUGUAUCUAUUCAAAAUACUUUUUUCUUUUUUGGAACAUUGUGUACUUAUGAAUAACUUAAUAAAACCUUGUUAUAGUCUUGUUUACAAGAUCAAUGUAAAGUUUAUAUAGAGGUUUAUUUACCUUUCCACAAAGAAUGGAUACAUUUCAUUAAUAUGUGGGAACAUACAAUUAGAAAAUACAGAAAUACACAGCAUA